AUGGUUAACACGUCAGCUUAGAAGCACAUGGAGAUGCAAAAAUAGAAGAAGGUCCAGGCACUCCGGAAUACAAAAAAAGGCAACUUUUAUUGAACCCACUGCCACUCACAACGUUUCGACCUGAAGGUCUUUGUCAAGGUCGAAACAUUGUGAGUUUAAUAAAAGUUGCCUUUUUUUGUAUUCUGGAGUGCCUGGACCUUCUUCUAUUUUUGCAUUUCCAAGUAUUUGGUUCCUGGUACUGGGACCGGCCUGGCUGCACCGAGAUACAUAUUGUAUGGGAAUUGAGUGCACACCUUUCAAUCUCUUAACCCUAUAGAACACAUACCCUCUCUCACUACAAAUAGAUAUAUCACACACCAAAACCAUAUACUUCUAUUUAAAAAAAAAUUCUCUCACAAUUUCUGUUUCAUUUUCAACUACACACCUCAUACCACUAACAUGAAUCCUAAUAUAACCAUACUGUUAUUCUUAAUAACCCUUUUCUCAAUCCAAUUUUGUUCACACCACUACCAGCAUAAGCACGCACCUCAAACUGGAACACAAAUUACAAUACACCAUGGCCUGCUCUGUUCCUUUAACUUAUCUGCUGAGUGCUGGUGGAGAGUUAUAAAAAAUAGCCCUCCUACCCCCACCUCACAAAAUUAUAAAUUAUCCCAUUCACUAUAUGGCCAAACAAAGAUGAUGUCCAAAUUCCUACUCCUUAUGUUACUUGCCCUUGCAAAUGAUGUGGAGUCUAACCCUGGUCCCCCAGCUAAUUCUAGUCCUAAUCUCCCCACUAAAAAAGGCCUCUCUUUUGUGCACUGCAACAUCCGUAGUUUACUCCCUAAACUGGAUGCACUGCAAGCCUGGUGUUCCCAUUACAAACCAAAAAUCAUUGUGCUCUCAGAAUCAUGGUUAACGACUAAAAUACCAGACACCGCCAUUGCAAUACAGGGUUAUUCAUGUUUUAAAAAUGACAGAGCAAAGAGAGGAGGAGGCAUUGUCAUUUAUGUUGACAAUUCCAUAAAGUUUACCCCUUUACAAAACCUUAGUCCUCCUGCCACCUUUGAUUUCCUUUCUGGCAUAAUUGAGAUCCCGUGCAGUAAAUCAAUCAUUGUUGCAGGAAUCUACUGCCCACCUAGCUCCCCUGUGCAUUCCCUUUCUGGCAUAGCCCAUCUCCUUAGUGAAACCAUAGCUCAAAACCCAAAAAGUGAACUGUUGGUCUUUGGAGAUUUUAAUAUUGAUUGGCUGAACCCUAAAAAUAAUAGUUCUUGCACGCUGUUUAAGACUUUGCAGCUAACGCAAUUAAUCUCCUCCCCAACUCGCAUAAACAUUAAAAGCCAUAACCAUACCCUGCUAGAUUGGAUUCUCUCCACUUCUCCUGAUAGAAUCCAGGAGGUUGUUGUUCUGCCAAACACGUUCAGUGAUCACUGUUUAGUGUACUGCGUGCGCAAAAUAAAGGCUAUUAAAUCCUCUCCCAAGGUUAAAAUAACUAGGUCCUUCAAAAAAUUUAAUCUUGAAUCCUUUUUAAAUUACAUCAAGAAUCUCUCAUGGCACAGAUUAAACAUUAUCCCAGAUCUAGACUGUGCUGUUGAAUACUUUCAGUCUGAACUCCUACAAAUUUGGAAUUUGCAUGCCCCGCUGCGUAAGGUGAGGGUAAAAGGAGCACAUAUGAACUGGAUCACAGCUGACCUCAUCCAAAUGUACCAGUUUCGGGAUUCUUUGUGGUCAAAGUUUAAGCGUACUGGCUCUAUGAAUGAUCACGGUGCAUAUAGACAAUGGCGAAAUAUAUGCACAAAACAUACAAAACUGGCCAAGGCCCAAUAUUUCUAUGAAAAUCUGAACAGUAACAUCUCAAACCCUAGAAACUUUUGGAAAGUCAUAAAUAAACUACAAACUCCCCCAAUCCUCUCCCAACCCUCCACUGUCAAAGUGGGUAACCAAACCCUGCAACUUCCCUUAGAUGUAGCAAAUGCCUUUAACAAUUAUUUUGUCGGAUGCUCCACUGCCCUGAUUGCCAAGCUAAUAAAUGACACGCAUCCUGAAACUACAAAGGUGGAUCAGGCCCCACUAAAUUUGCAAAGGCCCAAUAUAGAUAAGUAUAAUUUUAGACCUGUACCUGUUAGUGUCAUUAAAAAACAUCUUAAUAAUCUAAAAAUGAAAAACCAGUCCGGACCUGAUCAAAUCCCAGCAAUGCUGUUGAAGCUCAGUGCGCCGGCAAUUGCUAAACCCGUCUCAACUCUAAUUAACGAAUCCUUGUCUGGAUACAUACUCAAACUUUGGAAGACUGCGAGAGUAGUGCCUAUCCAUAAAAGUGGUGACACUACUUUGGUUUCUAUCGCCCAAUAUCAUUGCUCCCGGUAUUGUCAAAAAUCUUAGAAAAAUGUGUCCAUACGCAACUUUGUGAGUACUACCAACAAUUAAACUAUCUGACCCCUGAUCAAUCGGGCUUCCGCCAGAAUCACUCCACUACAACUGCCCUCCUAAAAGUUUGCAAUGACAUCCAAACUGGCAUGGAACAAGGAGCCCUAACUGGAGCUAGUUUCCUUGAUUUUGCUAAGGCCUUUGACACAGUAGACCACGACAUUCUACUGCACAAACUCAAAAACUCAGGUAUUGGUGAUCAUUCUCUAAACUGGUUUCGAUCGUAUGUAUCGGAUCGCUCGCAAUAUGUGUCCAUUUCUGACAGUGACUCCCUCCCUCUCCCAGUCACGUGUGGUGUUCCCCAGGGUUCCAUUCUCGGCCCCCUACUAUUUACAUUAUUUAUAAAUGGUCUGCCAAUCCUCAAAUGUACACAUGUACGCAGAUGACACGGUAAUCUAUGCGAGCAAAUCCAAUCUACCGCAACUUGAGGCUGUGCUCCAAGACCAGUUUACAGAGGUAGAAAAGUGGAUCGCAAAAAACAAACUCUUCCUGAACACUGACAAAACUGUCACAAUGAUCUUUUUGAACAGUAUCUAAAUUACACAAUUCCCACCUAUCCAUCAAAACAAAUUCAAAUGGCACACUGACCGCAGUCCACUCUUUUAAAUACUUGGGAAUGAUAUUAGACCCCAAUCUAUCUUUUGGCCUGCUCAUAGAAAAGCUCGCAUCUAAACUUUAUCCAAAACUCGGUGCCCUGUACAGAAACAAAGCCUGCCUAAGCCCUACAGUAAAGGAAAAGAUUGUACAGCAAAUGCUGAUGCCAAUCAUUGAUUAUGGGGAUGUAGUAUAUGCAUCUGCAUCGCAAUCCCACAUUAAUAAACUCAACACAUUGUAUAACUCGUUCUGCCGAUUUGUGCUACAAUGUAAUUACAGGACCCACCAUUGUGACAUGUUAAAAGAACUAAACUGGCUAUCGCUGGAAUCCAGACGCACCCUUCAUCUUUCCAGCCUUGUUUUUAAGAGCUUUUCUGGGAAACUCCCACCCUACCUGAAGAAAAUGCUUUUCCCAGCUGUUCCCACUUUCUAUAAGCUCCGAUCCAGUACCAACACUUUACUUAGUCUACCUCAAUACAAAAAGAAAGCGGCCCGAUCCUCCUUCUCCUACAGAGCACCUCAAUUGUGGAACGACCUCCCGCACAAUUUAAAAUCUUCCCUAAGCCUAAAGUCAUUUAAGAGAUCCCUCUCUACAUACCUCAAAACAGAAUGCACGUGUAAUGGUUGAUUAUAUAUUUCCUGCCUGUUCUAUGUUAAAUUUUUUAUAUAUUGUGUAUUAAUAUUGGUUUUGUAUUUUGUUGUACCUAAUGUAACAAUGCAAUGAUUUGUGGACCCAGGACAUACUUGAAAACGAGAGAAAUCUCAAUGUAUCUUUCCUGGUAAAAUAUUUUAUAAAUAAAUAAAAAAAAUUCACACCCCUGUUUCUUGGUCACAGCUUAGAAGCACUGUCCAACAGAGCCAGGCGUCAAACAGCUUACCCCGGGAGAGUACCAGGGGACCCCACUGUAGUGGUUAUGGUGCUUAGAGUAUAAUAAGACUGUAUAAAGGGCAAUCUUGUAAAAAUACAAACAUUAGUACAAUAUGAUACAUUAUAGAGAAUCCUACAAAAAUGCAGACUAUACUCCCUGUAAUUAGGGACACACAUUUGCAAUUUAAAACCUAUUACAUUAUUCUUUUGCCCCCAAGCCCCAGUCAGUUAAAGAAGGUGUAGAGUAAAGCCCAUAGACAUGUUUUCCCCUUACUAAAACUGCUCAUUCUGAAGGUCAUGUGACAGUGUGGUGACCUGCCCUUGGUGUGCAGCAGGUACACACUAUUGGUAACAAGUGAGGGCAUCGAUUCCCUAAACCAAGAUGGCAGCCGCACGUCCAGUAGAAAAACUAAUGACGUAGAACCGGAUGUGACGUCCGCUGCGGAAGUGAGUGUGACAGCUGCAGUUGGACACCUUUGUAAGAAGUGUCUCCCACACUCACAGAGCAUGAGUUCGAGCAGUGGAUUGGCUGUCACCCUCACCCAUGGUAAUAUUCCUGCAGUCAGUGAUGGCACUAGGUGAUACAGGGGGUCCAUGUGCUUCCUGUGUAUAGAGGCUUAUCAUUGAAUGGCUGAGUCCUGUGGCAGAUUGUAAUAAGGCGGGUUGUAAUAUUUAGGGUGACAUAUCCCCUGCAUGGCACAAUGUGUGUGAGCCAUCAGACUCUAUGGUUAUCAGUGUGAGCCUUGUAUCAAUACUGCACCAUGUUCACUGUGUUUAUACUAAUGACUGUACUGUGUUUACUAGCAGUACACCUCUCUUACAUUCAGAGGGUUAUAUUGGAUGAUUGCAAAAAUGUAAUUACUAUUCAGGAAUUGUAAUGCUGAAGAGGAGAAAAAGAUUUCCAUAGGCUGCUAUCUUAGUCACUAAUAAACACCCUAGCUUUGUUCUACCUUGAGCCAUUGCCUUGGGAUCCUGUAAGUUACAAAUGCAUCCUAUAAUAGUGCAGGCGGCUGGACUGGCACAAUAUGUUGCAUACCUGAGCCAAACUAUAUCCCUGGCAGAAUACUGCUCAGCAAGUGCAAUCCUGGUUGACUAAUCACAAUUAAAAUGUAUGUCUUCAUCUUAAUGGGGACUGUAGUGAAGUCAUCUGAUGAAAGGUAAACUAGCAAGUUAUUUAAAAAAAAUCAAUGGAAAAAAAAAAAAAAAAUCACACUAGGAUAUUUUAUUUUUAUGUACCAAAAAAAAGUGAUUCAAGAAUAGAUAGUAAUAUUACACUUACAAUACUGGUUCAGAAUACAACCCUGAAUGCUAGAAAACACAAAGUACAAUAAUAGUGCAAUAUGUAACAAUUCCUCUUAUAUACAAAUUUUUAAUCACCAAUAGCAAUGAGUAAAUGAAAAUGUAUGCCUAGUGAGUGUGCCAUGGAGCCUCUAGGCUUGCUUUGGUAUUUAACUUUUAGAGGACCUCUCUGGUAACCAUGAAAACCUUAUCCUAAUGAAGUUAUUAUGGUGCGAGGAAGUCUGGGGAGCGUCUUGCUUUAAGGGGGUUAAACAGUUAACAAAUGAUGUAUCCCCACACUGCAUGAUCAUUCUCCUUCUUCAUCAGAUGGCACCACUGCCAGUUGGUAUAUCAGGGGACAUUUUUGGCUCAAGCAUCCUGAGCCUUUUCUUACUUUACAUACAGCUGACCAGGACCAUCGGACUCUAGUAUAAUUUAAAGAAUGCAAUGCAUGCUGUCUAGUGGCAGGAACUAUCAUGACCCCAAACUUUAAUAGGUUUAUACAAAUUCUGCAAAACCUGUCUGUGAGGGAACUUUAUUAACAACAUUAAAUUGAGGCCACUGCUAGUUAAAAUGCAUCAUCUUGCUAGUUUUUGCCCGGCUUUGCUCAAACCUAAUUUGGUAUCAGAUGCGAUAAGUAAGCCAGUUAAAUACACAGUACAGAUUGGAUCAAACCCAUUAUUUUCUAUGCAUUGUGUAGCUAGCGAUUUAAAAUUAUUCAGAGAAAUAAAUACAAAGUUCAAUAAUAAUAAUGUAUACUAAGCAGUCAUUUAAAAAAUACACUAAUACUAAAAAUGCCGUCAUAAACUACAAAUACCCAUGCCGUGAAACAUCUUAAAGUGCACAUAUCAAUUUACACACUACUUUAUAAAAUGAAAGCCCACAACAUUUCACCUAGACACUGUGCUAGCAGGCUAACAAAUGUAUAGAUUUUCUGAGAGAACCAUGCAAAGAAAUGGCUUCUACCCUCUCAUGUCAUUCAAUUCUUAUCUUUAAAGGUCAGUUCCAUGGCAGGAGAAAGCAAGAGAACACUACUACAGUUGGCUCUUCUGUUCUCUGUCACAACAGCUACAGCGCAUGUUUAUUCCUCUUAGUCUAGUUAUAUGGAGCUAAACUCAAGACAGGUGCUUGCGAUUGAAAGACUUCCUGUUGAGAAAACUGUGACUGACAAGCACUGCUACUCUGCAAGGCAUUUCAUUGAGAAGCCUCUGAUUAGGCAUUUCCUGGCACAGAUGAGAAAGUCUGUGCUGGGUUAGAAGGGGAGGAGUCGCAGUAGCUGAUAUAUCUGCAGCUAUGCAGCUAUUACAAGCUAAGAUUUCAUAUACUGCCAUGCAGAGUUUAGUGGAUAACAUACCAUGAUUCUCCAUAACUGAAUACUGAAAUGUAAACCCUGGUUUUCUAAAUGACAAACCAAUAGUUUUCAGAGAUCACAGUACACUGUAUAUCUGUAAGUUCUUUGAUGUAUUCGCUUAUGUACCUUUUUCUACAUAAUUUUGCUAACCUAUAUCUGUUUUUCCCUGUUCAGGCAGUGAGAAACACAAGCUCCAAUUGGUUGGUCAGGAAGAAAAUGAUGAGCCUACUGUGCAAGACAUGGCAUUGUCUGUGGAACAAGUCACAGGUGUUCCAAUUGCAUCUCAGAAAUUAAUAUUCAAAGGUAAUUUCUUAUUACUACAUCCUAACAUUAAAAAUGCUUACUAAAAUUCAGUAAAAUUUCAGACAAGUAGAAACAAGCUCAACCUUGCACCCAUGUCAAAACAGGAGUUGGAUAGCAGUUAAGGUUACGAUAGAACAAACUACCACCACCCAAGCCAGAUCAGCAGUGGACUACCCCACUGACACCAAAGACCUUAGGUCUGAAACCGCAAGGCAUGUACAACGUUCUGACUCUCCCUCACGCGGUUAGUAAUUACACGCUAUCUGUCUUGAAACAGGACGCGAAUCACCCCUGCCACAAUGGGUGGCUCAGCUUAGCUAUAACAACCGUAUGCUAGGGGGAACGUCCCGUCCACACAAAUGUUUUAGGACCUGCGAGUCCAACUGGAAUUUGUUUCUUAAUACUAUUGGGUGACUUGCAUGCCACCAUGGUUGUUCUACAAACCUAUUUCAUGUUUGAGAAGUAAAUGGAAAGAAUCAUUAUCGGACCUGCGUGUCCACAUUAACAGUUUCACAUAAAAUGGAAAUUCUCUGAAUAAAAGAAAUUUACCAAAAAAAUUCAGUGACAUUUCAGAUUAAUAUUUUCCAGUAAAUUCUGUUAAAAUAAAUUUGGGAGGUGUAUUUCAAGUACAUUCCCUCUAUACACAGACAAAAUGAUCAAAAUAUGGAUAUUCAUAAAAAAAAAAUAAUGGGCUCAUGAUUUUUGUAUCAUUGUUGACUGCAGGUUUUGAAAAGUUACAGGGUUAAGGGAGGAAAAUAAGCUGAGCAAAAACAUUCUGUAUAGAAUGGAACUGAGUCGGUAGGCUGUUAGGACCCCCAAUAAGAAGAUUGGGAAAUGUGAUCAAGAAAUGCAAUGGGGUUUUUGAGGAAUACUGUUGAUCAUUCAACAGAAUAUAAAAAAAUCCUGCAAAAUGACAGUUCCCCUUUAAACAUUGAAGAAGACUGUGAAAGCCGAAAACUCUGACAUUGUUGGAAAUAUUUGCCGGAAAGGAAAGGCACACUUUUGCCCCUGUUUUUAUACACGGUAAAAGACCAUUUGUGAGAAAAAAUUAAAGAAUCAAAAUGAAAUGGGGAAAAAAAAAAAAGUGACUGUAGAGGCACAGUAAGGAAUAUAUUGUUGCAAAUGGGAAAAGCACCAGAAAAACAGCCAGAAAGGCAAAAUUUUUAUAUAUAACUCCUUGCGUUCUAAUGAGGAAAAUAGAAGAGACCUAAAAGCAUGACUGCAGAGGGCGAUGGGCUGAUCCAUCAGGUCACCAUCUGAGAGAAGACAGAAAAUAAAAUAAAACAUAACAGGCAAGAACAGGUUAUGUAAGGAUGAUUUUAACUUUAGAUGAUGCAUCAUGUGCACCCAUUGUGUAGAGCACCUUGUUGGAGUGUUGCACAUCUAAAAUGAAGCUUUGUUUCCCUUUCCAUUAAGCUAUUUUUUUUCUACCUUCUAGUAUUGCUUUUAUUGUCACAAUGCUGUCUUUCAUGCAAGCUUAUUCUGAAACAAAAUAUAAACCUUUUGAGGUCUGGAUGGGAAAGGAAUUAUUGCGGAGUUGAUAAUUGUAUACACUAGAUUUUAGCCAAGUAUGUGGUUUAAUGCUCUUGCCAUGCAACAUCGUUCUCAAUGGACACACCCAGAUCUCAAGAAGUAUCCACUUAAUUGUAUUAAUCAUUGUGGUGGGGUAUUUUUAACUUUUUAUUCCUCUUUUAUUUAAGGGAAAUCUCUUAAAGAAAUGGAGCAGACAUUGUCAUCAUUGGGCAUCAAAAAUGGCUGCAAGGUCAUGUUAAUUGGGAAAAAGGUAAUAAUGUAUUUGCUUUCUGACAACUUGGUUUCCAUAACUGUAUUUAUCGGGCACAUUAAGUCACAUAACCAUUACAGCUUUCUGUAGUUACGUUGCCCGGAGUACUGUUUAUCGGUUUGAUAUGAAACCGUUUUAGUAAUGUUUUCACAUAAACCGACAGAGUUCUUGGUGCCCAUGAACUGCCCCAUUUUCAAAAACACAUUGUCAAUUUCCUCCAGCCUGGAUGACAUUGGCUACAAGUGCUGGGCUAACCAACUUACCGAAUGCGUACUUUGACACUUAAUUGCAAUGUCAUGGGUCCUUCGAGUAGAAACUUUAAUAUUGGAAAUGUUUUCAGAUUUCCAUUGUUGGUUUUUUUGUUUUUUCUUGCAUGCAUUAAGAAUACAUUUUAUACACCUGCACAACAAUGUUAUAUUUACAACAAUGCAUUUUAAAAAAACUGUUUGGCAUAUAGCACUAGUGGGUGAUCUGUUAUAAUCUACAUUAGAUACUUAACUUUGGUAAUCUGAUAUUGUUAAAGGAACACUCCAACACCAUAACUACUAGAGCACACUUUAAUGAUUUGCCAGCCAGGUGCCCACCCCACCUUUUCUGCAGCUGGAAGCUCUGCCUUUUAGAGAUAUCCCAGUACUCCGUAGUGAUGUACAAGUGCUUAAUAUAGCCAACAUUGUUUGUGUUUUAACAGAACUGUCCAGAAGAGGAUUCAGAACUAAAAAAACUGCGAGAUCUGGAAAAGUCUGUUGAACAGAUGGCAACCAAACUGGAUGAUGUUAACAAGGAGCUCUCAGGAAUUCAGAAGGUCUGUUGUCUGUAAUAACAUGGUGUUUCCUUCGUCAAUUUUAUUGGGAUAACAAGCUCACAUUAUACAUUUUACUUUAUAAUGACAGUUAAUUUGUUUUAAAGGGUACUUGUUAUGUGAUUUAUGAUAUAGUUUAAAUGUAUCUCUGCAUUUUAAGAAAUAAAUGUAUACUGUCUACAUAUUAUAGUACUGCCUACUGUAGAGUACAACUGUAUAACUUCCAUGUUUAAUAGUUGACUGUAAUUGUCUAUGGGUUUCAUUAUUUGGAAGGGGGAGCAAAUGAAAAAGAAAGAUACCUCCUAAAUUGCUCUGCUACAUUGUGUGCGCCUUUCAACAGUUCUAUGAAGCACACAGUGUCCGUGCAACAGAUAUAUGUAAUCAAAUGUUUUCAUUUUACAGGGUUUCCUUAAUAAAACUCUUCAAGUAGAAGCACUUGGUAAACUUGACAAGAGAAUAAAGUCAACUGUGGAGCAGUUCAUGAAAAUACUUGAACAGAUUGAUGCCAUGGUGAGUAAGGUCAUCUAUGCAUGCAGUUCAGGUACUCUAGCCUUUUAAUUUGAAAUUUACCUUGAAUUCACUUUUUUUUACAAUUUAGUAAAUAACCCUACUAAUAUUACAAAUAUGAGGAGUAAUGAAAGGAACACACCAAUAGUUCAGUGUAAGAAGAGCAAGAAAAAUAAUGGAAGGCUUGAUGCUUAUUCUUAUGGCAUCUCAUUGCUUGUGACCAAAAUCAUGCAUGGAGGGUAUUGCAGGAUUUUCUACAAGCCCACAUUUAUACUCUCCCUUGUGAGCAGUGGUAUACCACUUAAGCAGCGGAGAGACAGCUGAUCCAGAAGUUGUUGGCACCUAGGAGGCAGACCUUCAGGUAUCUUUGUUUGUCCUCUCCCGUGACACCACUGAAAGGUAAAACUUCUCUGGACACCCUCAGUUCUCGGAUCUCCGGUCACCACAUCAAUUGAUGGGAGCUUCUUGUUUAGCAAUAAAGACACAGACACGAAAGAGUGCUUAAAGGUUCUCAAUGAGUAUAUUUACAGUAUGGAUCCUCUGCAAUAAACACACAGGGCAGGGAAGAUGUGCUGAUUGGUGUUCUUUACAAUUAAUCCCAUACGGGGAAUUAACUUUCAAAUACUAAUGAAGUGACUUUUUGUCUCAGUAUAAAAAUACUGAGCUCAUCAUGCAAACAAUGUAACACAUUUACACUAUCCCAAUCUCAUAGAAAGUGUAGUGGGCUUAUGGUAUUAAAGUAACAAUCAUACCAGGCACACAGAUCCCAUGUGAAAUAACUUACAAUAAAACAGAGUAAUAAGCUUAUACUUCUAUGCGACAUAAAGAAUAAAGCAAAAGACUUAAGUAGGUCUAUCAGGUACAACCUGCGAGUCAGUUAUUUUCUAAUAUACAGUACUGCUAAUAUCUAUAUCAUUCAGGACCUGAACUCACAUUUCCCAUACUGCUGACUCAGGGCGAACCCACUACUAACUUUCCAAAGUGUGUCCCCAAUAUAGACAGUCACCCACAAAGAACACUUAAGACAAACAAAGGUGACCGGGAGAAAGAGAAGUUUGGGGUAUAUUUAUAGAUCUAUAAACCAUGCUCCUCAGAACACCUGUAGUAUUAAUAAACCGGAGACCUCUUAUGGUCUCAAAACCUGUAUCUAUCUUAGAUACUAACCUGGGUUACCAAAACCCUAUAUAUUUAGACCAAAUGUCUAAUAAACCGGAGACCUAUUUACAGUCUCAAUAUAACUAAAGUCCUUACACCUUUCCUUUCUACUGGAUACAGACUUACUGAACCAAAUGGGGUCAUAGACAAUCAGCGUCAAUAAGACACAAAAGGGCUACUCACCCGCAAAUGGUCCUGCUGUGUCCCACUUCUGACACCAAGCUGAAAGGUUAAACGACUUCUCUGGACACCCUCAGUUCUCGGAUCUCAGGUCACCACAUCAAUUGAUGGGAGCUUCUUGUUUAGCAAUAAAGACACAGACACGAAAGAGUGCUUAACAAGUUCUCAAUGAGUAUAUUUUCAAAGCUAGCAUUUAUACACAGUUUGUCAUGCAAGCAGCGAGAUUUAUCACUUCCUUAUAGUUAAUAGUACAUACUUGUGUAGCAGUAGAAGAUAAGCAUUUGAAUAAAGACAGAACGGGACCAUCCUGAGGUCGAGUGAGGUCAUACAUCCUGCAGAAGGGAGGCCCCUCAGAGCAUGUUACAGAAUACAUCUGCCAAGGUCAGCAUAAUUAUUAAAAACAUUAUUUUAAAGCAUAUAAAGCAAAAAGAGUUAACUACUGUAUAAGUCGAGUUUUUCAGCACAUUUUUUGUGCUGAAAAACCCCCACUCGACUUAUACUCGAGUCACUGUCUGUAUUAUGGCAACUUACAUUGCCAUAAUGCAGACCAGGACCGCCGGGCUCAUUAAAAGCCCGGCGGUCCUGUUGGGGGCUGGCAGCGAGCUGUAACUUACCUUUCCUGCAGCUCCUUCAGCUACCUUCUCUCUCCUCCGGUCCGUCAGCUCCACUGUAAGUCUCGUGAGAGCCGCGGGGUCAGAGCAUUGCCACGGGUUACCGUGGCAACGCUCCGCCCGGCACCCAGACCGCGAAACUUGCAGUGGAGCUGACAGGGGAGAUGACCUGACCGGAGGAGAGAGAAGGGAGCUCACAGGAAAUGCAGGAAAAGUAAGUUACAGCCCGCUGCCAGCCCCCCUCCUACACAGCCCAUCCACUGGACCACCAGGGAAUGAGAGCCCCCCUCCCUGGCCAGCUAACCAGCAUGGAGGGGGGACAAAAAAAAUAAAAAUUAAAUAAUAAAAUAAAAAUAAAAUAUUAAUAAUAUACCGUAUAUACUCGAGUAUAAGCAGAGUUUUUCGGCACAUUUUUUGUGCUGAAAAACCCCAACUCGGCUUAUACUCGAGUCACUGUCUAUAUUAUGGCAAUUUACAUUGCCAUAAUACAGACUGGGGGCUGGCAGCGAGCGCUUACCUCUCCUGCAGCUCCUGUCAGCUCCCUCCUCCUCCGCGCCGGUCCGGUCAGCACCUCGGUCAGCUCCCAGUGUAAGUCUCGCGAGAGCCGCGGGGUCAUAGUGCGGCUCUCGCGAGACUUACAGUGUGAGCUGACAGAGGAGCUGCACGGACCGGCGCGGAGGAGAAGGGAGCUGACAGGAGCUGCAGGAGAGGUAAGUAACAGCUCUGCCAGCCCCCCUCCUCCCCCCACUGAACUUCCAAUGCAAUGGACCACCAGGGAAGGAGAGCCCCCCUCCCUGCCAUGUAUCAAGCAGGGAGGGGGGACAAAAAAAAUAGAUAAAUAAUAAAAAUAAUAAAAAAAUAAUAUAACAAAAAAAUAAUAUAACAAAAAAAUUAAAAUAAUAUUAAUUAAUAUAUAAAUAUAAAUAAUAAUAAAAAAAUAAUAUAACCAAAAAUUUUUAAAUAAUAAAUAAUAAUAUUAUUAUUAUUUUUUUAUAAAAAUGCCCACCCCCCACCAAGGCACUGCAUCACACACACACACUGCACUCACACACACACUGCGCACUCACACACACACACUGCGCACUCACACACACACACUGCGCACUCACACACACACACUGCGCACUCAUACACACACACUGCGCACUCAUACACACACACACUGCAUUCAUCAUAUACACACACUGUAAAUAAAUAUUCAAUUAAUGUAAUUUUUUUAGGAUCUAAUUUUAUUUAGAAAUUUACCAGUAGCUGCUGCAUUUCCCACCCUAGUCUUAUACUCGAGUCAAUAAGUUUUCCCAGUUUUUGGGGGUAAAAUUAGGGGCCUCGGCUUAUAUUCGGGUCGGCUUAUACUCGAGUAUAUACGGUAACAAAAAAUAUAUUAUAAUAAUAAUAAAAAUGCCCACCUCCCACCAAGGCUCUGCAUCACACACACUGCACUCAUACACACACACACUGCAUUCAUUAUAUACAAACACUGUAAAUAAAUAUUCAGUUAAUAUAAUUUUUUUGGGAUAUAAUUUUAUUUAGAAAUUUACCAAUAGUUGCUGCAUUUCCCACCCUAGUCUUAUACUUGAGUCAAUAAGUUUUCCCAGUUUUUUGGGGUAAAAGUAGGGGUCUCGACUUAUAUUUGGGUCGACUUAUACUCAAGUAUAUAUGGUAUUUCAUAUCCUUUCAACCACUUUGCAAGUUACAAUGUCUCAUUUUGGUUAUAUCUGAGGAACAAAUACAAAGAUCCCACAUGUAAUUGUGCUGUUUCCAGACUAAGGAAAACUUAAGAGUUAUGGAACAAAGUACAAACAGAAAGAUUUGAGAUCAGACUGAUGAAAAGUGGAGAAAAUGAAAUUUGCACAAAACUCAUACUAAUUUGCCUUAUCUCUAGAACAUGUAUGUAAUGAUACUGCUUGGAUAUAUUUGGUUGAUGAUGGACCUGCCUCAAAACUGAAAGCUUCACGCCCUUGCUUUAGGAAUGUGUUAGGCCCAAAUUGGAAUGUACCUGACUGAACAAGUCCAUCAUAUAACCUAGUCCCAGAAGUAAGAGACCAGACAAAAGCCACCUAUGAAAGCAGAACUAGUCCAUAAUUAGAUGCCAUUGCACUAUGCAAAGCAAAUUUAGCAUGGUAAAUCAAUGAAGAUCGGAUUUUGUCCAAAUGAAAACAAAAUGUGGUGAAAAUGUCUAAUUCCAACCGGAAUGGUAAUUCUCCAUUUUCCUAAAGAUCAUUCUUGCAAGAAUUCAGUCAGAUCUCCAUCAGCUAAGAUUGUAUUCUGUGCUUUUUGUAUCUGAACUCCAAACAAAGUAUAGGAUCUGGAAUAUUUCCCAAGCACCAAUAUUUUUGUAUUUAUUUAAUUUUUAUUUUUCCCUCUUUCCAUUGAGUGUGGGACUUUAAAUGUAUUAAUUUUGGGGUGAUAGAUCACUGUCCACCUCUUGCCCUCUCCCCACCAACGGCCAUGAUCUGCAGACUUCAGGCUGUCAUUGUAUGUAAAGGGUUUGGGGGAAAAAAAAAACUAAGCAACAAAAUGCCAUAGAGUCCAUAUCCAUUGAGAAAGCCGUUGUUACGGAGAAACGCAUUUGGAGGGACUGACUGCUGAUCACUAAAAGCCAGAAUCUAGGACACAUCUGCCUUUACUGCAUCCAGCAAUACAAUAUCUGAACUGCUGAUCCGGGACGCCUUGAGCAACAAAAGGUCGACCCCUAGUAUGCAUUUUGUGAACCUGCUUACAGACACUUGCAAAUGGGGUCUGUUUAUGCAGCAUUUUAUUUGAAUUUUUUUAUUGUGAGAUUUUUUACAUUGAUUUUUAGUUGAGAGCUAAGACUCAAAUAAAGCCCUUUUUUUACUUUUUAUAAUCUGGAUUGCAUCGUAUGAAUUUUUGCUGAUAUUAAGAUCAACUAAUUUAUUUACUUUUUCUCUGCAUCUUUACAUAUAUUCAUUUCCACUAUGGAGUACCAUUAUCCAAGGGAACAUCUGAAUCAAGGAAUUUGUACAGACAAUAUUGGACUGUUUAUUAAUUACCGUAGUCUGUUGCAUCUAAUAUAUUAUGUUUGUUACUUAUAGCACGAUUGCUUGACUAUUUUAUACAGAUAACUUGAUGUGUACCACUGCAUUAAUAGCUAUCUAAGUUAGAGAUUAAGGGUAUUUAUAUUUAUUAUUUAUGUAUUAUGAAUAUAUGAUUUAUAUAUUUGUAGUGGUUAUGCUGAUUCUAGUGUUCUUUUAAACGUAUUUUUUUUUUUGUUUGUCAGCUGAGCUGUUCUUUUACAUUGGUAUUUAGUGUAUGCUUAAACUGACUCAAUCGGACUUUAAUUCUUAUUUUCUUUUCUUUCUUUUAUUACAGACCAUGCCAGACAAUUUUAGUGACUGUAGAAUGAAAAGAAAAGGAUUAGUCAAAAAAGUUCAGGUUAGUAACUUAUCAGUUUUUUGUAUUAUUUUGUAGUAGCUUAUAUUGGGUCAGCUUCAGGGGACUCCUGACACUGAAAAUACUACCGCGCACUGUAAUGUUUAUGGUGCUUACUACCCCUUGUAAUAUAUUGAAUUAAUCUAAUGUGCCUGUCAUUUUUGUUUUUAGGGUCUCCUUGCCCAGUGUGACACAGUUGAAGGAAAUAUUAGUCAAGAAAUGGAUAAACUCCAGUGUAAGAACUUGGCACUUUCAAAGUAAAUGUCUGUUUUAAUAGUGUGUCGAUGGAAUAAAAUAAUUGCUCUAUGAGCAAGAAAAACUGUAGGAAGAUUAAAGAAAACAAAACAUGUUUGCUCUUUAUUUUGGAGCAAAUAUCCUGUUUUUAUUUCAAUGUAUCUUUUUUUUGGUUGUAUUAGUACUUUUGUUUGCUUGGAUGAAACUUGCUGCUAUAUUCUAUUUGGAUGCACAAAAAUGCAGAUAAGGCAAAUUCCUUGAUAGAAGUAGUUGGCUCAGUGGUUGUUGCACUCUAGAGAGGGUGGACCAAUUACAUAAUUUGCCUACAGGUAAAGAAAGGAGUGUUGUCAUUGACAAUGACCUAAUAACUCAUUUUUACUAUUUGGGAAUAAUAUUAAAUACACAUUCAAAUCAGAGUUAGCUCCCAUUCCCUCCAUAUAGUCCUAUUUUGGCCUAGAUGUUGCUCAAAUCAGUGUUUAGUGAAUAUAUGAUACUGAAGUUUACUCAUAAUUUUAUUUUACAAACAUUUUACCAAGACCUAAAACAUUAUAUGCAAGCACGUCUUAGAUGAAAAAAGGUUUCUAAUUAGUAAAACAUUGUCAAAUUCUAGAUAUCCCCUGCAUGUAAACUAGUGAACGGGUAAAACACUUAGGAAUACAUAUAAAAUAUUUUGAUAUGGAGAGAGAACCGUUUCCAAGUAGUUCAAAAUGUAUAUAUGUGUGUUAUUGAUAUACUUAACGGGACACUCCAGACCCCUGGAGCAUUAUGUGUGUAGUGUGUCCCGUUUUAUUAUUUUCUAUUUUGCAAAAAUUGCAGAUUUCAAUAAAAUGUCAAUUUUAUAAAUUAACUAACCUUGUUGCACCACCCCCCACCCCCCAUGUUUCUUGCGGUUUGCUCAGCUCAGUGGAUAUAUUGCCCAGAGCACAUGCCUUGCAAAGACUUGAGCUGUAUUGGGAAGUCUGUAAUUGGACAGUCAUAGAAAGUCUGAGCUGGGUUAAAAGGUGAGGGCAUGCAGAGGCUUCAGAUAAGGCUUUUUCAAACAGUGUACCCCCAAUGGAAAAAAUGCAUACAUGGUUUUUAUAUAUCUAUAUCUGUACAUCUACUAUACAGUGAAUUUUAUUUUUGUUGGAUUUUUUUUUUUUUUUUCAAUAGAAGAUUUCAGAGACAUGAAAAAACAUGGAGGGGAAAAUACAAUCAUGUUUUCUUUGAGUGUAGAUCUACUAAAUAGUUAUAAAUAAAUGAAAUUCAGCAGAGUGUUACUUUAAAAUCCAAGAUGAAUUAAAUAAAAUGGUAAUUUUUCCCAAUAUCGGUUUUGUUUAUUUUAUUUUCUGAAAUGUAAUCUUCCUAAUGAUCAAUCCAUAGGUGCUGGACUGUAAACUGCAUGUCUUGUUCUGGUGAAGUCACACACCACUUUCGUUUUCACUCCGAAGACACUCUUUAUCCAACACAAAUGGCUUAUUGCCAGGUGCACCUGGACAACCUAUUUAUUAUCAUUUAAAUGUGGUACUGUAAUCCAGUAUAAAAUGUUAACACAAUGUUUAAAAAUAACCAUGAAUAUAGUAAUAUGGAUUGAUAAAAUGCCAUCUAUUUUGGCUGUUAUACUUGUUUUUUUUUUCUUAUUAUUUUUUCGAUAUGUUAAAAUAGGAGCCAUAUUUUACCCCAUAGUUUCCCUUAACUGAUCUGUGUCAUCAGAAAUAGUCUAGGCAUCAUCAUAAAGGCCAUAUAAACAAAAUACAAUCUAUACUGUCUGAUGAUCAUAUUUAAGUAGUUAUUUUCUUUUUAUUUUAUAGAAAUUAAAUAACUAUCCGGCUAGUUUGUAGCUUUUGACCAGAUAUACAAGUGGUAAUUCCAGCGAUAUGGGAGGCAGAGCAGUGUGGAUAACUAUGCUUAUAUUAGCCCAAUUACAUCAGUUUUCUACAUAAUAUUAAUGUAAGUGUUUGAAUGGUGCUAUGUAAACGGGGCCCUCAUUAGUGCUGGUCUCUAUCAUAUGGGGUUGUGUUAAUGUCUACUGGGGUAUUACAGAGCAACCAGUAAUUUGCAGUACUGAGAAAUUAUUUGGCCCCCAAACAUAGAAUGGUAUAAAAUGGAGGCGGUAAAGAGACAAUGAAUCAGACAUUCUUUAAUAAUACAAAGCACAUUGAACAUGCCUUAUCACUAAGUAUCUGAAGGCAAAAUACGGCGACUGGCUGCGACCUUUAAAGUAACAUCUAAUGAUCGCGGUAAAUAUGAAAACAUAAUACGGUAGCUGGCUGUGACUUCUUAUGUAAUAGCUAACGAUUAUUGUAUUGUUUCAGCCAGGCAGAAUUCAAAAUGGAGAAACACUACACAUUCAGGAUCCUACUACCAUGACUACUUCAAAUCACCGAAGAUGCCAUGGUGGUUGGAAUAAUCCUUUCAAUACAGGGUUUUCCAAAUUCUGUCUCUCCAGAUGUUGCUGAACUACAACUUCCAUGAUUCUUUGUAUGACGUAGAUAUCCAGAAAAUUAUGGCAGUUGUAGUUCAGCAACAUCUGGAGAGCCCAAGUUUGGAGAACCCUGCUUUAAUGUAUAAUUGAAAAAUGUCAGUUUUAAUUGUUCUCUACAGUACACGCGGCACUCUGUAAUCUCCCAGUACACUCUGCACAUUACUGGAGGCUCUAUAAUCUCCCACUGCACAUAGGAGUUGGUAUAGUGCUUGGAGUGUCCUUAGGAUAUUGUGUUAGAGGGGUUGUUAGAAAACACUGAGUAAAAAAUGCAGGGUGAGCGCCGCAUUAAUGGAGUAUGCACAUUUAGAAAAAUAAAAAUGAGGGUUAUUUAUACAUUGAUGUGUUUGUGUUGUACAGCUGUUCCUAUAUAUUAAAUAGCUUGCACUAGUACACAUAACAAAACAACUGAUGGGAGAUACAAUGCUUACAAAGAAGCCUAGUGUAUGUCUGAUUUACUGAAAAUGGAUGACAACAAUGGUGUGGUAAAGUAGUAUAACCAAUUCCAUGUGUACAAAGAUGUUAUGCUUAAAGAUGCCAGAAAAAUUUAUAUUUGUAUGAAUAAUUUCUCCUACACUUGUCUGUAUGUCUGGUUAUACUUAUUGUUCUGCUGUGAGAUCUAAAGAAUACAUGAA